AUGAACUCAUCGUUGCAGACGCUCGUCGAUGAGUGGCUGCGUCUCGAUCAAGAUGCUUCCACCCGAUCAGAAAUCGAGAAACUCGUUGCUGAGAACAACACCACAGAACUCCAACUACGACUCGGGAAGCGCAUUGCUUUCGGAACAGCAGGACUACGUGGAAGAAUGGAAGCAGGUUUCUCUCGCAUGAACUCUCUCACGGUCAUUCAAGCUUCUCAGGGACUGGCUGAGUACCUGCUGAAAGCGAACCCCGACACCAAAACUAAGGGUGUGGUCAUUGGUAGAGAUGCUCGACACAACUCUGAUAAGUUCGCCAAAUUGGUCGCUGCCGUUUUCGUAGCAAAGGCUAUACCCGUCAAAUGGCUAGGCCAAGUACACACUCCGCUUGUACCUUACACCGUCGGUCACCUUGGCGCAGCUGCUGGUAUCAUGAUAACUGCUUCACACAAUCCGGCUGCCGACAAUGGUUACAAAGUAUACUGGGGCAACGGAUGCCAAAUCAUCCCUCCACACGAUGCUGGAAUUGCUGCAUCGAUCGAUGCAAACUUGGAGCCAAUUACUUGGGACGUGGAUGUUCUCGAGCAGGAGAGUGCUCUAGUAAUCCAUGCACUACAACAAGUCGAGGAAGGUUACAUGGCCACAGUUUCCAGGGUCGCAUCAGUCUUGGACUCUGAGGCCUCUCUCCCCUUUGUCUAUACACCUAUGCAUGGAGUCGGGUUACCAUUCUUUACUUCGGUGAUGAAACAACUUGGUUUGGAGAGCAAAAUGCAUAUUGUCAAGGAGCAGGCCCACCCAGACCCUGAUUUCCCUACUGUUCGCUUUCCUAAUCCUGAGGAAAAGGGAGCUCUGGAUCUUGCCAAACAAGUUGCCGACCAAAAUGGGGUGAAGCUGAUCCUAGCUAAUGAUCCUGACGCCGACCGGUUCGCAGCCGCGGAAAAAGUCGAUGGUGAGUGGAGGCAGUUGACUGGCAACCAGAUGGGUGUCCUACUUGCCUCGCAUGUGCUAGACACGUAUCAAUCGGAACAGAGCAGCAAAGGUCUAGCAAUGCUCUCAUCGACCGUCUCUUCGAAGAUGCUGGCAGCCAUGGCUGCAGCUAGCAGCAGUUUCCACUGGGAGGAAACAUUGACAGGAUUCAAAUGGCUAGGAAACAGAUCUCGUGAUUUGCAGAGCCAAGGCUACGAUGCACUGUUCGCCUAUGAAGAAGCCAUUGGGUACAUGUUCAGCGAGGUGGUUUUCGACAAGGACGGCGUCGCCGCAGCCGCUGUCUUUCUGGCAGCCUGCGACCGCUGGAACAAGGAAGGCCUUUCUCCUUGGACCAAGUACAACGAGCUCUGCAAGAAGUAUGGUUACUUCGAAGAUGCCAAUAUCUAUGUCAUCUCACCAUCUUCGGACAUCACCAACGCCGUCUUUGAGCAAAUACGACAGACAAAACCUACAAAGGUUGGAAGUCGUAGUAUCCUUCGAUGGCGCGACCUGACCAUUGGUUAUGAUUCUGCAACACCCGACAACAAACCAACUCUGCCAGUUGACAAGAGCUCUCAGAUGAUCAGUUGUGAGCUCGAUGACAACGUGCACUUUACGGUCCGAGGAUCGGGAACUGAACCCAAGAUCAAGUUUUACAUCGAAGGUAGUGCAAGCACAUCACGAGAAGCAAAGUCAUCGGCCCAGGAAGUACUUGAGGAUUUGAUGAGCGAGUGGUUCAAGCCUGAGGUAAAUGGGUUGAAGAGAGAGUAA